CACACAAUUACAGUGUGUACAUCCACCCAGUAAGAGGCGGUAAUGAAGCAGGAUAAAGAAAUAAAGGAUAAGGAAGUAGAAGAAAUAACAGCGCCAUUUCACUUUUCAUUCAUUGGAGUUCGAGGCCUUCAGAGUUAUAUAGGAUAAGCAGAACGUCAUCAUGGUGAAAAUUUUUAUUGGCAAUCUUGCCUGCAAUACCACUGCGGAGGAGCUGCGUGAACUCUUUGAGAAGUAUGGCAAAGUCUCUGAAUGUGAUAUUGUUAAAAACUAUGGUUUUGUACACAUGAACAACAUGUCUGAAGCGGAGGAGGCUAUUCGAAACCUCCACCAAUACCAGUUGCAUGGCUGGCGCAUGAAUGUGGAGAUGAGCAAAGGGAGGCCCAAGUCCACAACCAAGCUCCAUGUCAGCAACCUUGGUGAGGGGGUCACAAGUGAUGUCCUACGGGCCAAGUUUGAAGAGUUUGGCUCAGUGGUGGAGUGUGACAUAGUAAAGGACUAUGCCUUUGUCCACAUGGAGAGAGUGGAGGAUGCCAUGGAUGCCAUCAGUAAGCUGGACAACACAGCCUUCAAAGGCAAGCUGAUGAGCGUACAGCUGUCCACCAGUCGGCUUCGCACUGCCCCAGGAAUGGGAGAUCAUACCGGCUGCUAUGUCUGCGGGAAACAUGGUCACUGGUCGAAAGACUGUCCAGUCGGUAGGAACGGUAGCCACGGUGAUGGCACGAGAGGUCGCAGUGGCCGGGCCCCCCCACGCGGUCCCCCAGCUUAUGGCAGGGGCAGCUACGGGAUGGCUUCACCUCCAACAGCUGAUUACAUUGGUGGCUCUGCGUAUAGUCAGGGUAGUUAUGUUGGUGGGUUGCCGCCUCCCCCUCGUAGGCUUAGUGGGUAUGGCUCUGAGCUGGGGGAUAGGUACGUCAGCAGAGCAGCAGGCUCAUAUGCAGAGAGGUCAUCAGCUUAUGAUCAUGACCGCCUUUAUAGUAGUGUUGACUAUUAUGAGAAGUACAGAGCUCGCCCUUAUGGCUCAAGCUAUUUCGAGGAUCGUCGCAUGUCCUAUCUCCCUCCUCCCCCACCCCCUCCUUCCUCCCUUUCAAAGCUCUCCUCCAGUGUAGAUCCAUAUGACCGUCGGCCACUGCCUCCACCUUCAACAGCCACUUCAGCUGCCGCAUACUAUGCACGAGACCGCAGCCCGAUCAGACGAGUACCAGUCUCUUCGGCAGGGUACACCUAUGAGCGAACACGGCUGUCACCAGUGUCCUCCAGGAGCUCCUACGCUGUCCCACGACCCAAGGAUCAUUAUGCGCCACGAUAUGCGCCUUACUAAAACCAUGGUGCCAAGGUCUGUUUGUGAACUGCGGGACUUUUCCUUUGCUGUUAUUUCUUCAAACUACAUGAUUCCAUCAGUCUGCGCAAUAUGUGGAAAUUCAGUUUGGAAAUUGUGUUGGCAUCUUCAAGGCACCUGAGAUGUCACUAGAAUCAGAUGAAUCGUCCUUUUAGUCACAUUCACAUAUUCUGUUUUCAAUAAGGGUGGUUUAGCAAACUGCACUGUUUGACAUUUUCAAAAACAAUAAUUUUCUCACUUGCUCCGCAGGUUUUCAGCUCAGUUUUUAGCCAUGUCCCUUUUUCUUACUUGUGUUUCUCCCUCACAUGAAGCAAAUUGUUUAAUUCAGCAAAUGUUGUAGUUUGGCUUUUGUUUAUCAUUUAGAAGAAAUCUGGAUUUAUGCCUCUGUAUAAGGAGACUGCGUCAUGCCUACAGGGGCUACGUGCAUAGACUCUUAGAUAGUCUACACCGUAACUGAUGUUCACCUUAUCAAAAUUUACAUCAGGGCCAGGGCUUUGAUGGAGAAGCCAUGUGGAGACAGCAAGAACUGUGACUGGCUGCUGGUGUUUUCCCUACAUGUUACUGAUUCAGAUGGAGUUUGUACAGGAGGGGGAUAAAAAAAAUGUAAGCACAGUUACUGUGAAGAACAUAAAGUACGAUAUGGCCAGAUCAUAUAUAUUAUGUGUCUAGCCUCUACAGAGGUGAUAUGAAUGGGUGAAACCCAACUCGAGUCUCAGUCAAAACUGGUGCUGUUGGUACCUUACCUACAGCAGAACUCCUGUUAACCCCUUGCAUGGACUAUAAAUCUAGUUUAAGUGUUCUUGUUCCAUUAAUAUAUAAACAUUUUCUUUAUUUUUUAAUUGGGACGUGGGUUAACCCCUGUAGUUAGCUGUAUCAGUUGCUUAUAGUGCAGAAGAGCCUUAUCUUGCAUCUCUGCACACAUCUGAUAUGAUCUGUGUAAGUUAUAUGGAUGUGGAUUAAUAUUUGACUAAAACAUUUUCCAAAAAUAAUUGUUGUCAUUGGUGACAAAGAGUGUGUUGUGGAGGUCUGUGAUUCUUCAAGUAUAUUCUGAGACCGCUAAUACCAGUAGUUUCCUUUGUGCUUGAAAAGGUAAAACACUGUAAGCUGUCUUGUUUUGGGUGGAAAAGAAAACUCUUUGCCCUCUACAGCACAUGAAUGGACAUUGAUUCACACUGAAAAAGACAGCAGACAAAUUAAUCCAUAUCCAUGCAACUGACCUGCUGUUCAGUCAGAAUACAGAUUCACACUUGUGAUGUGUGAGAGAAAGGUAAGACAAAUGAUCUCAAACAUUCCAGCCUCUCAUUUUUUCUAAUUUCAACAUGUUCAAAAAGAUAAAGUUCAUGAAUUUAAUAAUACUUGUUCAGGUAUCUGCUUAUGUGGAGUCAAAAUUCUUGAAAUCAGUGUUGUUGAGUGACACCAAAAGAAGAAAAAUGUCUGACAAACAUUGUGCAACAAAAUAACAUAACUAUGUUUUCUUCCCACUUACAAGGUUGCACACUACAGCUCACAAUAAAAAUGAAUCCUUCAAACCUGGGUUUUUAGCCUGGGACGGACAUGUCUUGUAUCUAUAUAAUGCAGCAUAAGCAGAGAGAGAGAAAUGUGAGGCAGGACUCAGGGCUUGGGCUGUAUAAGUCAUGAGGCACUUGCUUUGUUGAAGGUGCCUUUGUUUGUUUUGCAUAUUGGUGGAUUUGAAGUUUGUAUUUUUCAUACUUGCUGUAAAAGUAUCAGCAUACAUUAAAAAUCUAAAAUGAAUAAGAUUUUUAAUAAAGCCAGAAUAAUUUUGGUCUCAA